AUGGGUGCUCUUCUACAGCAUGGAUCUCCUGUCUCUACGACUGUGGAUUUUGUGCUGGAGUUGACCAUGGCCUCCUCCUCUGUCAGGUCUGCACCAGAAAGAGCGGCUGAUCCAUCCAAAGACGUAAAGACGCACUUCCGUGUUUGUCGCUUCAUCAUGGAAGCAGGGGUGAAGCUGGGCAUGCGGUCUGUGCCAGUGGCCACCGCUUGCACCCUGUACCAUCGCUUCUGCGCGCGCGUGGACAUCCAUGCUUACGAGCCAUUCCUUGUGGCCACCAGCUGCAUUUAUUUAGCCGGGAAAGUGGAGGAGCAGCAUCUGAGGACGCGUGACAUCAUCAACGUCAGCCAUAGGUAUUUCCGCAGUGGCAGCACUCCUCUGGACUGUGACCAGGACUUCUGGGACCUCAGGGAUAGUGUGGUGCAGUGUGAACUACUCAUUCUGCGACAACUCAACUUCCACGUGUCCUUUGAACAUCCGCACAAGUUCCUGCUGCACUACCUUCUCUCCGUGCACGCCCUGUUGAAUCGCCAUGCCUGGGCCCGCUCGCCCGUCGCAGAGACCUCCUGGGCCUUGCUCAGAGACUGUUACCAUGGUGACAUGUGCAUACGCCACGCCCCCCAGCACCUGGCCAUCGCCGCUGUGUACCUCGCCCUCCACAGCUAUGGUGUGGAGCUGCCCAGGGGAGACAAGGAGUGGUGGCAGGUGCUGUCCUCAGAUGUCACCAGAGACCACAUCGAUGCAGUCAUUUCAGAUCUGCUCCAACUCUAUGACCUGGAAGCCAAGUGCAUCUAA